AUCAAGAUAAGCCAAUUCUCAUAAUAAAAUACCACAAAAUCUCAUUGUCCUUAGUAUCUCUCAUAAUCACAAACACAAGAGUGAAGAAUUUGCCAACAUGGCCUCUGCUUGUGCUUCAUCCACCAUUGCUGCUGUUGCCUUUUCUUCUCCAAGUUCGAGAAGAAAUGGAUCAAUUGUAGGAACAACAAAAGCUUCAUUUCUUGGAGGAAGAAGAUUGAGAGUAAGCAAAUACAGUACUACACCUACAGCACGAAGUGCAACUACAGUGUGCGUUGCUGCAGACCCUGACAGACCCCUCUGGUUCCCUGGCAGCACCCCACCUCCAUGGCUUGAUGGCAGCCUUCCCGGAGACUUCGGUUUCGAUCCUCUUGGCCUAGCAUCUGAUCCAGAGAGCUUGAGAUGGAACCAACAGGCAGAACUUGUACACUGCAGAUGGGCAAUGUUGGGAGCUGCAGGAAUUUUCAUUCCAGAAUUACUCACAAAAAUUGGAAUACUUAACACACCUUCAUGGUACACUGCUGGUGAACAAGAAUAUUUCACGGACACAACGACUCUCUUCAUCGUUGAAUUGGUACUUAUUGGUUGGGCUGAGGGAAGAAGAUGGGCAGAUAUCAUCAAGCCUGGAUGCGUUAACACGGAUCCAAUCUUCCCUAACAACAAGCUCACGGGGACAGACGUUGGUUAUCCAGGAGGUUUAUGGUUUGAUCCCUUGGGUUGGGGUUCGGGUUCACCUGCAAAGAUAAAGGAGUUGAGGACAAAGGAGAUUAAGAACGGUAGACUUGCUAUGUUAGCCGUUAUGGGUGCAUGGUUCCAACACAUUUACACUGGAACAGGCCCUAUCGAUAACCUAUUUGCUCACCUAGCUGAUCCUGGUCAUGCCACUAUUUUUGCUGCAUUCAGUCCCAAGUGAGAAGCAGAAGCAGAAGCAGAACACCUUUUGUUGUAAUGAUGUGUAAAAGUAACAUUUGAAGUAGAUUUGUGCAAAGAAAAACUAUAAUGUUUCUUUUGCCACUCAAUGUAGUAUACCUACAUUUGGUUUGCCCUUCUGUAGAAAAAGACUCAGUGUACAAAUACCUUUGAGAAUUCGUGUCAGAUCAAAAAAAUCUAUUUAUAUAUGUUCGUCGCAUUUA